GUUUGUGUUUGUAUAAAAAUGGAACGAACAAGAAGUUCGGUGUCCGAGUUCAUUCGCAGUGCCGUGGCUUGCGUCGGCUCAGCGACAGGCUGUUCUAGUACCGGAGAGGGUUCCAUUCUAGCGCUGUCCACGCAGCACAGCGCACUGUGGAGAUUACUGGCUGGGGAAAGCCAUGAUGGGCUCGAUGGUGUCUUCACCGAUCACAUCCACGCGUUUUCUACGCUAGUCAGCGAAGUUGCCACGGGCAUUGACGGAACUUCAGUGCAGAGCUGCUGCCGUGACGGCAGCGACCGCGAUUUGCUAGUGACAAUACAGUGUGAAGUGGACGUGAUGGACAAGCGCUUGAUUUUCUCGCUGACGGAACUGUGGCUCGUUAUCUACCCGCUGUGCUGGCUAUUGGUGACGUCGUGCUGUAAGAAAUACCAGGAAUGCCGACAGCGAUACAUUGUCGGUGUUGGUGGAGCAGCCGGCUCAGGCAAAUCUAGCCUAUGUACGGUGCUGGGAAGGCUGAUCACAACGCUAACAAAACACAAGUUACCUCAAUCCUCAUUUAGCCCACUUGACAUAUCGUCGGUGAGGUGCAGUGUAAUGGGUCAAGAUGCCUAUCAUCUGCCCAAUGAAGAACUCAAGGAACGCUGUCUUCAACAGCUCAAGGGAUCUACGUCAACGUUCAAUGUCGAAUCGUUUGUGGCUGACGUUACGAAGCUCACGAGCACGGAAGCUGGCACGCUGAAGAUGCCUGCUUACAGCCGUGAAGUUCACGAGCCGUUAGCCGACCAGGUUGAGGUCUGGUCGGCACCGUGUGUUGUCCUGGUGGAGGGUGUGCAUGCACUCUGCACCGACGCGCCGUUCACUGCCCUGCAGCCCCUCUGGGAUCUCAAAGUGUACGUAGACUGUGCGGAGAGCGUGGCUAAGCCACGCGCCAUACUGCGCAAGAUGAGGGGGUGUCGCGAGCGGCGCACAGCCGAGCAGCAUUACGAGCGCGUGGACGCCGUCAAUCGCGCCGCAGUGGAGAAGCCGGUGAAUGUGGCCAACUGUGACGUUCGUCUUUCCGUACGGCCGACGCAGGAUCCAGAUUGUUCUACUUCUAUGUCAACCGAGAUCAUUAAUGUACCAGAGCUCUCUGCAAAGGUCACGGGAUAACACUCCACGUCGAUACAUUGCAAUGCCAGUGUUACCGCCAGCGGUGAUGUAAUGUCACGCCACGUCUAUACAUCGCAAUGCCAGUGCUUCAAGCAGUGAUGAUGUAAUGACACUCCACGUCUAUGCAUUGCUACGCCAGUGCUUCAAGCAGUGAUGAGGGGAUGACACUCCACGUCGAUACAUUGCUAUGCCAGUGUUCCCGCCAGUGGUGAUGUGAGAACACACCACGUGUACACUUAUAGCGAGGAAAGUCUGACUUCCUGAAUAUUGUAGCAUCAUGUUCGAGUGCACAGAACAGUGUGUAGUGAUAGGGCUGUGUGACGCUCGCCGCUACUUUAUUCGUGGUGUUGGAUUCCUCUGGCCGAUACCGUAUACUUAUAUUUAAUUAUUUAUUUUAUUUUGAGUACGUGCUCUGGAACCGAUUUUGAAAGUCUCGGAAUACCAGAAUCAGUGGAUAACGGCCGUGUAAAUGAACAACCGUAAUUUGUCUUGAGUUGUGUACUCUCUUGAUGUUCCCACCGCUUUAGGAGCUGCAUUUGCGCCUUGAUCCUUGAAGGUUGGUGGCGUUCCUACGGAUGCGGAAAACUCGGUUUCCAGCCGAGUCUCACGCGAACCGUGAAUUUCUUUUUUCUUUUUUUUUGAUGUUAUUAUUCUCUUAGUCACACUGCCUAUCAUUAAUUGGCCACUGAGGAUAAGAGAAUACACAUAUGUA